AUGCUUGCAGCAGAUACCCCCUUUUCCAAAAGGCUAACACAGUGCACCUGUGCUGUUGUGUGGUGUUUAUUAUGCGGUGGUCCAAUUUUUGGAUUUGCUGCAUUGAAGCCAAUCUUGAUCAAAGAGCACGUUUAUGAAUCCUUAUGCGAUCUACACCCAGAAACAACCACGUCUUUAGUCCGUUCCGCCGCCAGCGAGGUUGUUGCCAAAUGCACCUCGUUUCCUGAACGCAGUGGAACAAUCUUGGCCAUGCUCACUGGGGCUUUUGACGCUUCGAGUGCUUGUCGUCUUUAUGAACUCGAUUCAUAUCCUGCUGAUGAAAGACCACAUAUUGCAAAGGAAAAUCUUCUUGAAUUGAAGGAUUUGGGAAUGCCCGUGUCGGCAAGAUUCUGA